AAAUUUGGAUAGGGGGGGAUUGGCUUUGCCCUCACAAUUCCAAGGCGGGACUGUGGUCCACUUAAACCGCUACCCUCGCCGGUACUUGUAGUGCGCCCUUCCUCGGCAUGUUUCAUGUUAACAUGCGUAAAAGACUACACUUCCCCAAAGCUGUCACAGAGCGCUCCCGCCUCCCAUUGGCUGCUGGCUCCAGCCGCAGCCCCAGAGAAUGAAUGAAAUUGAAAUAGCUGCUACAUUACAUGUACAAUACCGGGCUCUGCAGUGUUGCAUUCUAUCAUACUAUAUCAAAAUGGCCACAGCGGUACAGAACCCCCUCAAAUCGCAAUCUGGAGGUGCAGUCAUCAAGAACAGUCUUGGUGAGGAGUUUUAUAAGGAGGCCAUUGAACACUGUCGCAGCUACAAUGCCCGUCUGUGCGCAGAGCGCUCCAUGCGUCUCCCAUUCCUGGACUCCCAGACCGGCGUGGCCCAGAGCAACUGUUACAUCUGGAUGGAGAAGAACCACCGUGGGCCAGGUCAUGCUCCAGGUCAGUUGUACACAUAUCCCGCUCGCUGCUGGCGCAAGAAGAGGCGGCUAAACAUCUUGGAGGACCCACGGCUUGUACCAAUUGAGUUCAAGAUCGACUACGAGGCUUCUCUAAAGAAGGAGGGGGGGAUCCCAGACGGUCCGGUGUUGGAGUCACUGCUCGCCGGGGAAACCCUGGACAAGAAGGUAGAAACCAAGGAAGAAGAGCCAAUGAGCGAGUGUCAGAAGCUGCUUGUUGGGGAUUUCCCUCAUGAGCUGGAUGUGGAUGAGAUGGAGGAAGACGUCCCGAAGCGCAAGAACCGCACCAAAGCACGGGCCUACGGCGUCGGAGGCAUGAGAAAGAGACAAGAGCUGCCUGCCAUCGAAGACAGAGACAAGCCUUACGUCUGUGACAUCUGCGGAAAGCGCUAUAAGAACCGUCCGGGACUGAGUUACCAUUACACUCACACACACCUGGCAGACGAGGAGGGCGAAGAGGACUCGGAGCGACACACACUACCCUUCCAGCGCAAGAAUAACCACAAGCCCAAGAAAGCACCGGACGGCUCAGUCAUCGCCAACGGCUACUGUGACUUCUGCCUCGGAGGCUCAAAGAAGACCGGCUGUCCCGAAGACCUUAUCUCCUGUGCGGACUGUGGACGCUCAGGCCACCCCUCCUGUCUGCAGUUCACAGUGAACAUGACGGCUGCGGUGAGGACUUAUCGCUGGCAGUGCAUCGAGUGCAAGUCCUGCAGCCUGUGUGGCACCUCUGAGAACGACGACCAGCUGUUGUUCUGUGACGAUUGUGACAGAGGCUACCACAUGUACUGCCUGAGCCCUCCCAUGUCUGAACCACCAGAGGGGAGCUGGAGCUGUCAUCUCUGUUUGAGACAACUGAAGGAGAAGGCCUCAGCCUACAUCACCCUCACUUAAUCUGCAGAGCUGCACCUCAUCCUCUUGGCCCUUCAUCCUUCCCCGUCUCCGUCACCCAUCUCCUUGCCCCAGCGGCCCCCGCUCCUCCUCUGAUCUGCUCGCCGCCACCUUCUCUACAAUCUCCCCCCGUGACCUUUGACACGACUGAGCACACAGCACCCGCGGCGCUGCACCCUUUCUCAAACGUCUCACCAGCGGCAAGCCGACCUCCUGUUCCUUUUUUGUCUCUCAAAAUCCCAGUUGUGCUUGACCUGAAACCCCCCCCCC